CUAAAACUGAGCGCCACCUUAAAAGUAUGAUCUGUUCGUCCAUAAGGUCUUUUUUAUGAAGGGGGUUAUUUUAACUUAAUGUAAUUGUUUUAAGCGGAUAUAUGCCCAUUCAGAUUUAUGAAAUGUCAUUUAUAUAGUACACUAAGUAGCACGUUCUCGCCAAAACAUUACUGUUUUACUUCAUUUCAAGAUUCUUCAAUGUUCCUUUGAGCUUCUACAGUAAUUUCUGUUGAAUACCUGAGUUUUUAUUUCAUUAUGCGAUACCUCAAUCCCCUGGUUUCGGGGGAGAUUUUAUACGUUUUAGUAAAGCCAUAUUGGAAAAUGUUGGAAAACCCCAAAGGUUCAUAUCUGGAAUUUUACCUCGAAAUAUCCUCAGACUUUGGGGAAGGUACUCAUUUUCAUUUGGUUUUAGGGAAAGCCACAGAAUUUCCCCGAAAUCAGGAGACUGGGACUAGCCGUGAAUUAGUUUCCAUGAUUAUUAUGCUCAGGAAAAUGACUCAGUACCUGUAAAAAAAAGAAACAGCCUUUUUAAGGGGUGUUGGUUCAGUAGUUAGGGCGUUCGACUUCCAGUCAUUCGAACCUCACUUAAUCUACUUCCGUUUGGACAACCAGGUGGUUCCUUCAGCCUUCACACUUCUAGGGUAGCUCAUAUACAAAUACUUGGUAAUGAAUAAUAAUUCUUUCUCAGGUUGAAUAUUCAAUUUAAAGUCUACGUCCAUUUGCGUCUUUGUUUUUUAUCAUAUGAAAUGAGCUUCACCAAAUCCUAAGACACUUUCAGACUGUAUACUUAUAUGUUCAGUACACUAGAUUUACAUGUCUCGGAAAGCAAAACAGAACAGAUUUUAGAUUGGAUUCACAGUUUUGUGAUUAAAUUUUGUUGGGGAUCAAACACCGUACACCAAAGACUACAAUAAGUGAAAAACCUUUUCAUACGUGAAAAAUACUAUGCCUAGUGAGAAUUUUCCCUCGACUAUCGGUUAGAUAGCUAAAUGAUGCGCUUUCACUUUGCCCCAUAUUUAUUUGUCCUUCCUUGAUUGUCUUUCGUCCAUUUCGUCUUAGUUUAUCUCCCUUCUUGUUUUUUAUGGUCCACCAUCAAUGUGGGUUUAAAUUGAUGUUCUAGGUUCUACAUAAUUUAAACCUCUAAAUAGAUUCCGAUAUUACUUCCCAUUGUAAGUUGCAAACUAGUUCCUCUGUGCUAGAUGGUUUUCAAAGUUGAUGUGAUGGUAUUUUCUCAACCUUUGCCCCCAAAUACCCUGGUACGAUCGAGAGUGGGCAGAGUCCGCUCUCUCUCUCGAAAUGCUCCGACAUGGCCACGCGUAUAUAGCCCCUGCCAGGGAAGUCCUAUUCAUUGCCUUCUCGUGGCGGGAGUGUUGUUUACGAAAUUGAGAGGACAAAAAGUGAAUGUCCGGCGUUUUAACCGCGCUGGUGGACACGGAGAGUCCAUCUAGGGGAGUUGAAAAACCCUGAUUCCAAACCACUGGUGCACAUGAGCUCCAGUAUCCUGAAGGAACAAAUGGCGUAUGAACCAAUCGUUGGUCACCGGUUACCAUGGGACUGCAUCUCCUUACGAUGCUCUACUACCUUGUGGAUCAGACCUUCAGGUCAAAGACUCGGAAUGUGGCCCCCUAAGAAAACCACUUGCUUCGGUUUGGACACCCGGGCAGUAUCUCAGCUCUCACACAUAUCAAAUGGGAUUUGGGUGGCGCGUAUGUAACUGGUGCGUUAUUGUGCCAGUAUUUAUGUGUUCAAAUAAAUAAAUUUUCUUUUAGCCCGGGGUAUAAAGUUAUAAUCCUUCGCCGGAUUGCGAAUUUGUGAUCGUCAGUUCUGAUCUGAGAUAAUAUAAUGAUAUGUUUUCCCAGUACUGUGCGCACUAAGUCAAGAUAAAUGUCGGUUGAUUAUGCAUCUAAGCUGUCCUACUAUCCCAACAAAGGAGUUUGUGGUGUACCUGAAGUUCUCGAUGACGAUUCCCAACUAAAUUUUAAACUCACUGAACUUGUUAAUUUGGUACGUCGAUCCACCUACAUAGUUGUGCAUACUGGAGCUGGUAUUAGCACAUCAGUGGGUAUACCGGACUUUCGAGGUCCUGGUGGUGUCUGGACGUUGGAGAAAGUUGGAAAGAAGCCUAAACUUUCUAUACCUUUUGAAAAAGUGAUUCCAUCACUAGCACAUCGAGCUCUUGUUGAAUUGGAAAAACAUGAUGUUGUCAAAUUCUUAGUGACUCAAAAUAUAGAUGGGUUGCACUUGAGAUCUGGCUUUCCAAGAGACCGUUUGGCUAUUCUUCAUGGUGAUAUGUUUCUUGAAUCAUGUAGUGCUUGUGGAACUUUAUACGCUCGAUCAACACCUUCAGGAUCAGUGGGUUUACGGCAGUCAUCAGUUGUAUGCACCUAUUUGAAACCUAAUAAACGGUGUUGCAGAGGAAAGCUUCGUGAUACUAUUCUUGACUGGGAAGAUGACCUACCACUCUUAGAUUAUAAUCUUGCAAUAGAACAGUCAAAAAAAGCAGAUCUUCAUAUAUGUAUUGGCUCAUCACUACAAAUGUUCCCUGCUGCCGGUCUUCCUCUUACAAAUGUUUGUAAGACUGUCAAUACCAGAAGUACCAACAAUUGUUCUUUCAUUCAAAAUGAUUAUAAAAUUGAGAGUUCAAAGAAUCUUGGAUCAAAACUAGUAAUUAUUAAUCUGCAGCCAACUAAAAUGGCUAAAUAUGCAACUUUAAACAUAAAUGCACCGGCUGACUUCGUAAUGAAAGUAUUAUGUGAAAAAUUGAAUAUAUUGGUCCCAUCCAUAUCUCCACUCAAUGAUAGUUUGUAUUCACCAGUAAUUGUUUUGAGGUCAAUGCAUUCCAAUUUAAAAGCACAAUGUCCAUGGCGUAUUCUCCCUCAUCCAACCAAUAAGCAUUCACUUCUCAUUGUUCAAACUAGUAGUCAGUGCAUGGAACUAAAAACAAAAAAGGAUGAUGAAACGAGCUGUUUUCAGUCUGAAAUUGUUCCAAACGAGUCACGCAGUACUGUUUCAUUGUCUAAAUUAGAAUCAACGUCUUGA